CAGGUUAUGGGUGACCAUAGAAUAGUGGAUGUUUGCAGGUUAUAGCUAUGUAUGGCUGAUGUUAUUGAUUUCAUUUACAAUUGAAUGUGGGCUCUUUAUAAUGAACACAAUGAAAAAAGCACUUCAGUUUUCUUCUCGUCAUCCAAUGCUAACCUUUAAAAAUGUAAUUGUUAGAAGUUAUGCAUUUAAAAGCAAUUUGAAAAUAAAAUGGGUUAGACCUGAGAAAAUACCUUGCUUUAAACCUGAAAAAAGCGGCGAUUUAGAUCCCAUGCCGGAAUUUGAUAAAUCACGUUAUCAGUUAGAAUACGCUAAUUGUAAAGAAUUAGAAAAUGCUGAUCCAUUGGUGAAGAGAUUAUUCUCUUUGGAAUUUGCAUCACGUAGCAAGAUUACUCAAGCAUACAAGAAAGAUCUAGUUGAUUCUGUUAAGAAUCAUACUUUUGAUGAAAAUUCCAUUGAAGCUAGAAUUGCUAGAUGGACUGGUACUAUUCGAGCACUACAAGAAGUAAUGGAAAAUCAUCCAAGAAAUAGGAGACUAAAGGUACAACUAAAAGAAAUUAUUGAUAAAAGAAAGAAAUAUUUAAAAUUUCUUCGAACAUGGGAUUAUAAAAAGUUUGAAUGGCUUAUAGACAAUUUGAAUAUUAUUUAUAAACCACCACCACCACAAUUUCAUUGGAUAACCAGAAAGGAUUCACUAAGAAAACUUACACAAAAAUAUUGUGAUGAUAAAGUUAAUGAAAAACUCAGUGCAUACAGAUUACAAUUAGAAGCAGAACAACCUGCAUUUCUAGAAGAAAAAAUAAGAACUUUGGAGUUCCUUAGACAGGAGCAGAAGGAUUGUGGAGUGGAAAUAACCAUCAAGCAAGAAGAGAUUGAUGAAGCAAAGAAAAGUUUAGAUGAAUUACGUAAAAAAAACGAAAAAGGUAAAAGUUCUAGUUAAUAAAGUCAGUAGUUAUUUAUAUAUCCAAACAUAAAUAAGACCGAAAAAUAAAACUUUUAAGUUUAAUUCUGUAAAAGAUUUUAUUUUCUUUACAAAUUGAACAGUAAAGUAGUAGAUCUCAAAA